UUAUUUUAUUUCUUUUAUUUUACGUUUCGUUACUCCCAUAAUUUGCUGAAAUAAAAAUAUUAGAUGCCGCAAAUAAACAUGUGGUGUUCCGUUGUUUAUUGUAUGCUGAUCAUACUAUCAUCCCAAGUUGUCACAACCACAACUUUAGCUGAUUUAAAAAAGUUUACAACGGGCGAAAGAAUAUCAGCCGUCGCAUUCAUACCAAUCGCAACAAGGUUGCUUAGCAAAGUUGAAGAACCAGGAAUCGGCAAAGGCUUUGUUAGUUCAACAAAGACUCCUAAAGAGUUGGCAGAUAAACUAUUUGAAGCCUUCUUCUCGACGAAAGCGCGAGUUGUUGCUUUAAAAGAUGAGGACAUGUCAGGGAUUAGUGCUUUACAAUCUUUACCCAUAAACGAACCUACAACUGGUCUCCCAUCGUCUGUACAAAAAAGCUGGCACUCAGUAAACAAACGACGCAAUGGAUUGAAACGAGGAGGAAAUAAAAAUGAAUCAAAAGAACAAAAAGCAUGCAGGUGGAAGUACGAAUGUGUGGAUCCCGAGGAUCCCGACAGUUGUAAGCUUUUGCUCUGCAAAGAUUCUGAUCUAGAAAAUGAAGAAGCCAAAAGCCAACGACGGACCUCAGCGCAGAUGAAUCGCGAUAAUCAGAUAAGAAAGUGGUUAGGUAUAACAGAAAUUGAUGAAGAAGUGGAAAAAAUAUUAGAAACGCGGCAUGCUGCUGAUCACACUGAUUACGUCGUAGAUGAAAAACUGAAAAAGUUAACGGACCGCUUUGAACAUAUUAUGGACAGAUAUUCAGCAACUUCAACGGAUAGUAUAGGACUUCAAUAAAAAUCCGACUG